UUUUUUUUUGCGUGUUUUCUGGUUACUGUCUUUGCAGAUGGCUUUCUCCCUUUAAAAUGUGAAAUCAAAUCCCCUUUCCGUUUGAAGAAUCUUCGAUUACUUUCAUGAUCUUUCCUGUGCAAUCUCUGCUUAUUCUAUCAGAUGGUACUUCUACUUCUCGCUGCAGCUCUUCCUCUUCCUGCCUAUGCUGCUGCUGUUUGUUCUUUUGGCCGUAUCAGAUGCCAACCUUCUCUCCGCAACGCUGCAAUUGCAUUCUCUAGACGUGGGGUUUCUCCCUUCAAACGGGUUCUUCAAGCACGAUUUUCGUCCGACAUCGCCAAUGGGGAUAUUGACACACAAGUACCCUCGAAGGGGUCUGAAAUCAUAUUUUUGGGCACAGGAACUAGUGAAGGUAUCCCUCGAGUGAGCUGUCUCACUAAUCCUCUAAAGACGUGCAUGGUUUGCCCAAAAGCAAAUGAACCCGGUAAUAAGAAUAGGAGACUUAACACUAGCAUCCUUAUCCACUAUCAUAAUUCUUUGGGAAGAUCCAACAUUCUUGUGGAUGCUGGCAAGUUUUUCUACCACAGCGCUCUUCGGUGGUUUCCUAUGUUUGGGAUAAGAACAAUUGAUGCGGUCAUUAUUACCCAUUCUCAUGCAGAUGCAAUUGGAGGGCUUGAUGAUCUCCGUGAUUGGACGAAUAAUGUCCAGUCCCAUAUUCCAAUUUAUGUGGCAAAGCGUGAUUUUGAGGUCAUGAAGAAAACUCAUUACUAUUUAGUGGAUACUGGUGUGAUUAUACCUGGUGCGGCGGUCUCUAAGUUACAAUUUAAUAUCAUAAAGGAGGAACCGUUCAUUGUUCAUAAUCUUGAGAUUACUCCUUUACCUGUAUGGCAUGGAAAAGGUUAUCGUUCCCUUGGUUUUCGCUUUGGCAAUGUCUGUUAUAUAAGUGAUGCGAGCGAAAUACCAGAAGAAACUUAUGCCCUCCUCAAGGACUGUGAAAUCUUGAUUCUGGAUGCACUGAGGCCAGACCGUUCUUCUUCAACACACUUUGGACUGCCAAGGGCUUUGGAGGAAGUUCGAAAAAUUAAACCAAGGAGAGCACUUUUUACUGGGAUGAUGCAUCUAAUGGACCACGAUAAAGUGAAUGAAGAUCUUGCAAAGCUGAUGGAGACUGAGGGUCUGGAUGUUCAAUUGAGCUAUGAUGGCCUACGGAUACCGGUAAUUCUCUAGGCUGCAUAUUUUUUUUUUUUAUAGUGUCCCUAUACCAUUCUUUCUCAAUCAAUAAUCAUGAUGAUUCAUUACUGGUAAUGAACUUAUCAAAAAGUCGUGUACACCUUUCAAUCACUGAAAAAGAAAAGGAUCUUUUCAUCUUGGCUUCCAGCUAUUGUAAUAUGAAGAUAUCUCCCAUGCUGGAGAAUUAUAUGUCUCCGCACGAUAUGCAUUUUACAUGCCUGCCAUGACGAUGCCAUUUGAGAUCGCUGGAUUUAUUUUUAUUUGUCA